AUGGAGUACUUAAGUAGAAACCUAAAUGCUUUAAAGGAGAACAAUGAGUUUAAGUACCACCCCAUAUGUGCUAAACUAGGAAUCACUCAUCUAAGUUUUGCUGAUGAUCUGCUUCUCUUUGCUAGAGGUGAUCUUCCAUCGGUUACUCUUAUCCAACAAUGUUUUUCUGAGUUUUCUACUACCUCUAGUCUUCAGGAAAAUAUGGAUAAAAGCUCAGUUUACUUUGGAGGUAUGGCCCAAAAAGAAAGAGAGCAGAUUUUGCACAAGCUGGGAUUUGGCCAAGGGGAACUUCCCUUUAAGUACUUGGGAAUACCCCUCUCUACUAAGAAGCUAUCCCUAAUGCAGUGGCAACCACUAAUUGAUAAGAUGGUUCCUAGAAUAUCUAAUUGGACUUCAAAAAAACUAUCUUAUGCUCGGAGGAUUCAACUAGUGAAGACUGUGAUGUUUGGCAUCCAAGCAUAUUGGGCCCAAUUCUUCCUCAUUCCUGCUAAGAUAAUGAAGGCAAUUGAGGAAUAUUAUAGAAGCUACAUUUGGUCGGUGGCUAAAAACUAUUGGGACCUUACACAUAAGCAAGAUACAAUGUGGAUUAAAUGGGUUCACGUGUUUUAUAUAAAGGGACAACAAAUAGAUCAGAUGGCCAUACCAAAACAAUCAAGUUGGAUGCUGAGGAAGAUCUUUGAAGCAAGGGAGACUGUGCAGUUGAAUCAGAUUACUGUGAAGGCAUGGAGUAGUAUGGUAAGGUAG